GUCGAGACCUAACGACCACUGUGGAUGCAAGCUCAACGAGGACAGAAUUUCGUACCAAGCAGGGGCUAUGGUGUCUGAUCUAUGGGUUUAUCUUCUCAGGAACUUGUCAGAUCUGUUCUUCGGUGCCUUGUGAAUUUGUGGUGGCUGAUGGCUGGCUGGGCCUGGCCAUCAUAUUCCACUUUUAAAAGUGGAAUGUCAGUCCAAGACAAAAGAGUCGCAUCGGCCUCGUAUUGGCAUCCCAUCGAAGUAAAUCAAUCCAUCCACCAUUUCAGACCCGGACGCUAGUGCCAUAUCAUUCCAGCCGUGGUUCGGGGGUUCCUGGGCUCUCGUCGUCGUCGCCGCUGCUGAUGACUUCUUAGCUGCACCUGACCGGGGUUAGGUUACCUGCCAUUGCAAUUCGACACCAGUUUGAUGACCCACUCCUUUCACCUUCUCCAACCAAAGCUUGCCCUUAGAGACGGCCGUUUUCCGUGAUUAGUGGCUCCACUAUUCAUUGGGUUUUCUACUUUCAAGCAUUCGUCGAAUCAAAAUCAAUAUCAACAUCGACAUCGCUUUCGCUGUUUGUUUUCCUUUGGCCGUUCAGAUAAUCGGUUUCCUAUUGCUUCCCGAGAGGAUGAUCGUUUCUUUCUUCCGGUUAUUAUAAAGUGUUAAAGUUGACCCUACUCAUAUUAAGUUUGUGGAAACUAUUGCUAGUCUGCUUCAGUAUUCGUAAUUCUGCAAUCUACCGAUAAGUAUGGAGCACCUUCCCGUCGAAGUGAUUGGUAAUAUACUAUCCCAUGUUGGAUCUGCUCGGGAUGUCGUGAUUGCAUCAGCAACGUGUAAGAAAUGGAGAGAAGCUUGGCGCAAUCACCUGCACACUCUAUCCUUCAUUUCUAAUGAUUGGCCUAUCUAUCAUGAGCUGACCCCGUGUAGAUUGGAAAUACUCAUCACUCAAACGAUUUUCCAAACCCGGGCACUGCAGUGCUUAACCAUUUUCAUGGACGAUGUGGAUGAAUUUUCUGCUGCCCCUGUCAUUGCUUGGCUUAUGUAUACCAGGGAUUCCUUGCGCCGAUUACUAUAUAAUGUGAAGACGACUCCAAAUUUCAAUAUCAUUGAAAAAUGUGGCAGGCAAAAACUGGAAGUGUUGGCAUUAGCUCAUAAUUCUAUUACAGGUAUAGAGCCCAGUUAUCAAAAAUUUCCUUGCCUGAAGUCACUGUCACUAAGCUAUGUCAGCAUUUCAGCAUUGGAUCUCAGCCUUUUAAUUACUGCUUGUCCAAAACUUGAAACCCUGACCAUUGUUAGCCCAGAAAUUGCAAUGUCAGAUUCACAGGCUUCCAUGGAACUCAGCAGCUCUUCUGUCAAAAAUUUCUAUGUUGAGUCAUUUGGUUUAGACAAACUCAUAUUUGACGCAGAUAAGCUUGAAAACCUGCAUCUCAAAGAUUGUACCUUCGAGGUAUUUGAAUUAUCCGGCAAGGGAGCCUUGAAAUCGCUCAAGAUUGAUGAUGUGAGUGUCAUCCAUCUUGAUAUUGGUGAGAAUACAGAGAAUCUCGAGAUUGUAGAUGUCUGUAACUUCACAAUUAUGUGGCCAAAAUUUUAUCAUAUGAUCUCCAAAGCGUCGAAUUUAUGUAAGCUGAGGCUGUGGGGUGUUGUGUUCGAUGAUGACGAUGAGGUUGUGGAUUUAGAGACAAUUUCUUCUUGCUUUCCUCGGUUGACACACCUUUCCUUGAGCUAUGAUUUAAAAGAUGGAGUACUUCAUUACGGGUUGCAGGGUCGGUCUCUUUUGGUGAAUGUGGUUAUGCUGGAAGUUGGAUGGACUGUUAUCAACGAGCUCUUCCAAGAUUGGGUCGCUGGACUGUUGGAAAGAUGUCCCAAUUUGAAAAGAUUGAUUAUUCAUGGGGUUGUUUCAGAGGUCAAAGCCCAUGAAGAGUGUCAGCUUUUUGCUAAAUUCACCGAAUCUAUUAUUCACCUGGGAAGAAAAUAUAUAAAUGUAAAGAUUGAGUGUGACUAUGAGUAGGGAAUUCUGCUGUAAUCUUUGAAGCCUGACAAACUCUUGGAUUGGCAUGACUUUACGAGGAGGCACUUCUAUUUCUCAUAUGCCUUUUUGCUCGUUGAUAUUUCAUUUCGUCAAGGACGAAUCACAUGACCUCAUGAUAUCGGAAGUUGCUGAUUCUUCAUGUAAAACAGAUCAGUACGUUUGCCUUUUGUGAUAUUACCUCCUUUUCCCCCUGUGGCGGUCUUCAUUUAUUUUUAUUUGACGGGUUUUCUUCUGCU